GUUUUUUUCGGAUGCCGUGCAUGCCGACGAAGCCACCAAGGCCGGGCGCUGCAACAUCACCUCCAGACGCUGGCAGGACCAGGUGUUUUUUCUCUCGGAUGCUGUGGCGAAGCCGCCGAAGCAAGGCCCGCAAUGUUACGCGCAGAGCUCUGAUCUGCACUGUGGCGACUUCGGUCUUGGUGAGCGCUUCGAUCGGUGUCCAUCGCCGACUGGCUAUGAGGCGCACUGGAAGGUUUGGCGGGACGAACCUCUCUGGUGCGGAGUCCUCGAAGUUGCAUCAGGCCUGCCAAUGGCUCCGGAGCUGCGGGCUGAAGUCUAUAGGAUGCUGAGGUCAAAAAGACCAAGCUGGCCGCAGAGUCCCUUGACAAGGCCGGUCCAUGGACGACUUGCUAUGGUCUCAUUGAUGGCCAUGCUUUUCCAGAACGGCACCGUGGGAUCAACUGGCCCUGCGAUGUGGCUCCCGAGU